AUGGUGGUGCCUGACACGUCGCUAGUGACGUAUCCUAGACCGCUAUUCCCCCUCCGAGCCCUGCCAGUCACUAAGCCCCUGUCAACCUACGUCGUGGACCCCACGUUCGUCUUCCCUGCGUUUCGUCUCCCCAGCAUCGCCAUGAUGAACCAGGACGAAUCCUCCGAAAACUGGAGUGCGCCGUCUAACCAGGACACACGACACAAGGCUGCGCUGUCUUUUAUUCUAUCAUCCGACUCCGAGUCGGAGGCCGACCAGCUUAAGCCGAAGUCCAGGAAGCGCAACUUGAUCAGCGAGCCGACCGUCGCUAAGCGUAGACGUAGUGCCACCUCCAAUUCGGUGCCUCCAGCGCCCACGUUGGCUGGCUCAGCUUCGAAGCCCGUAGUCAAGAAAGGCAGCAAGUUCUGCUCCGUUGAAGGCUGCACCAGUCGUGCUAAACACGCCAAGCGCUGCUGGAAGCACGGCGGCUGGGUUCGCUGCAACGUGGCCGACUGUACCAACCGCGCCAAGUCCAAGGGCGUGUGCUGGUCGCACGGCGGUGGAACCGUGUGCUCGUUCGAGAACUGCGAUACGAUUGCAGUAUCGAAUGGAUUCUGCUGGGCUCAUGGCGGUGGUAAGCGCUGCCAAGUGCCGGAUUGCUCCAAGCCGGCGUAUGAGCGCACGCAGAAUUACUGCCAGACCCAUUAUGAAGAGCUCGGAGCCACUGUCGAUGGCUAG